UUAGGAGUGGCUCUGCCAUGUGCUCCCCGGAAAGGUCGAGAAUCUCCGUCUCCCGGCUGUCUCCGGCCGCGCACCCCGCUCACUGAGCUCGGGAGAGGCCGGCGCAUAAUCCUGGGCUCGGAAUGUGGGGGCCAGCCAGGCUGGGCCGCCAGCGCUCUUCGGAGCUGGGCGGGGCUGCUCAGUCCGGUCGCCCGCGGGAGCGAAGCGGGACCGCCUCCCCGCCCGGCCCCUCCAGCCUGAUGGCCGCGUGGGACUGCGCUCCAGUGGGAGGGCGCCGGGGAGAUGUUCCGUCACCUGUCGGUUAAGGCGCUGCUGCUUAACGUUUCGCUGGUCCACCCGCAACAGCCCUUCCGUUUUCUUUGUCACUGGUAAAGGUGUGGUCACUUAACAGGGUAUUUCAUUUCUGAGUGCUUUUUUGCCCACCCUUGAGGAAAAAUAGCGAAGAGUGAAAAACGGACGCACAUAACCGUAAUACAAGGCGGUGUGCAGUGAGAAGGACAGCUACGGAGAGGGUGCAGAUAAGCGUGGUGCUGGAGAACCGCUUUAGAUCGGGGUAAGAGGUAGCAUUCUAGGGAGAGGAAACGGUAGAAGUAAAGGCUUGGGCAAGAAUGUGCGUGGCACGUUGUAGAAUGGAAGAGCCAUCCGGUUUUAAUAGAGCACUGACUUCUUUAACUUAGAAUAGUUCCCGAAGGUGGAAGCUAUUGAAUGCCCAACAUGGAAAAUACAACGUUAUCUUUGGGGAAGAAGGGGAGCCAUUGAGGGGGUUUUGAGCAGAAUUUCAGUAGAGCUGCACUUCAGGCAGCAAAGCUUGAGAUAGACCGAAGGGAAUAAGGAAGACCAGAGGGGUUAAAGAAACCAGGGCAGGGGUGCAGGUAAGAAACAUCUGAGCACCAGACGUUGACAGAAAAUGCAGAGGAAGGGACACUCCGAGAGGGCCUUCAGGGUUUGUUAUAAGGUGAAUUCAUAAUAGACCGUUCCACCAGGUCUCAGGUGUCCCAGUUCACUUAGUGUCGUGGAGGUUUACUUACACAAAGAAACAAUACAGUUCCCCCAUGGACUCUUUGUUGGACUUAGUGCUAGUUACACAACCUCUCGGAACCUCCUUUUCCAGGGGAGGUGAUACGCCUCCGUGAAGCUGAAGACUUGACAGUGAUAUUAAAUGGAGUGACUUAGAGGGGCUGCACGGUGGUUGAUCCAUGUCUCAUAUUAUGGCAGCAAAGGCUGUAGCAAAUACAAUGAGAACAUCACUGGGACCAAAUGGGCUUGAUAAGAUGAUGGUGGAUAAGGAUGGAGAUGUGACUGUAACUAAUGAUGGGGCCACCAUCUUAAGCAUGAUGGAUGUUGAUCAUCAGAUUGCCAAGCUGAUGGUGGAACUGUCCAAGUCUCAGGAUGAUGAAAUUGGAGAUGGAACCACAGGAGUGGUUGUCCUGGCUGGUGCCUUGUUAGAAGAAGCGGAGCAAUUGCUAGACCGAGGCAUUCACCCAAUCAGAAUAGCUGAUGGCUAUGAGCAGGCUGCUCGCGUUGCUAUUGAACACCUGGACAAGAUCAGCGAUAGCGUCCUUGUUGACAUAAAGGACACCGAACCCCUGAUUCAGACAGCAAAAACCACGCUGGGCUCCAAAGUGGUCAACAGUUGUCACCGACAGAUGGCUGAGAUUGCUGUGAAUGCCGUCCUCACUGUAGCAGAUAUGGAGCGGAGAGACGUUGACUUUGAGCUUAUCAAAGUAGAAGGCAAAGUGGGCGGCAGGCUGGAGGACACUAAACUGAUUAAGGGUGUGAUUGUGGACAAGGAUUUCAGUCACCCACAGAUGCCAAAAAAAGUGGAAGAUGCUAAGAUUGCAAUUCUCACAUGUCCGUUUGAACCACCCAAACCAAAAACAAAGCAUAAGCUGGAUGUGACCUCUGUCGAAGAUUAUAAAGCCCUUCAGAAAUAUGAAAAGGAGAAAUUUGAAGAGAUGAUUCAACAAAUUAAAGAGACUGGUGCUAACCUAGCAAUUUGUCAGUGGGGCUUUGAUGAUGAAGCAAAUCACUUACUUCUUCAGAACAACUUGCCUGCGGUUCGCUGGGUAGGAGGACCUGAAAUUGAGCUGAUUGCCAUCGCAACAGGAGGGCGGAUCGUCCCCAGAUUCUCGGAGCUCACAGCCGAGAAGCUGGGCUUUGCUGGUCUUGUACAGGAGAUCUCAUUUGGGACGACUAAGGAUAAAAUGCUGGUCAUCGAGCAGUGUAAGAACUCCAGAGCUGUAACCAUUUUUAUUAGAGGAGGAAAUAAGAUGAUCAUUGAGGAGGCGAAACGAUCCCUUCAUGAUGCUUUGUGUGUCAUCCGGAACCUCAUCCGCGAUAAUCGUGUGGUGUACGGAGGAGGGGCUGCUGAGAUAUCCUGUGCCCUGGCAGUUAGCCAAGAGGCAGAUAAGUGCCCCACCUUAGAACAGUAUGCCAUGAGAGCGUUUGCCGACGCGCUGGAGGUCAUCCCCAUGGCCCUCUCUGAAAACAGUGGCAUGAAUCCCAUCCAGACUAUGACCGAAGUCCGAGCCAGACAGGUGAAGGAGAUGAACCCUGCUCUUGGCAUCGACUGUUUGCACAAGGGGACAAAUGAUAUGAAGCAACAGCAUGUCAUAGAAACCUUGAUUGGCAAAAAGCAACAGAUAUCUCUUGCAACACAAAUGGUUAGAAUGAUUUUAAAGAUUGACGACAUUCGUAAGCCUGGAGAAUCUGAAGAAUGAAGACAUUGAGAAUACUAUGUAGCAAGAUCCACUUCUGUGAUUAAGUAAAUGGAUGUCUUGUGAUGCGUCUACAGUUAUUUAUUGUUACAUCCUUUUCCAGACACUGUAGAUGCUAUAAUAAAAAUAGCUGUUUGGUAACCAUAGUUUCACUUGUUCAGAGCUGUGUAAUUGUGGGGGUACUAUCUCAACUGCUUUUGUAUUCAUUGUAUUAAAAGAAUCUGUUUAAACCUUUA